CUAUAUAUCAAAAAUGUAACACACACCCCACCCCACUCAUUAUGGUCUCCUCCAGCUUCCUAUAGAAAAAAGAGCCUUGUACAAAAUUUACGAGAUAAAAAUUACAUUAUUCUAGCUCAUUCACAAUAAUCACAUAUGAAACUCAAGGCUUGUGCCUUCUUUCCUUUCUUCCUAAGCCUCUUAACAUUUACCAUACUUUUCAUGGUAACGAUCCGAGAACCUGAUACCCUCUACGGCACGAAAUACGACGUUCGUGUCGUAAAUGGCUUCACAAACAACUCAUCCCUUCCCUUGGUAAUAUGGUGCGCCUCUCCCGAGAACGACAUGGGAGGGCGCGCCUUACAAGAAGGGGAUGACUAUAGUUGGAGCCAAACCACAAACUUUUUAGGUGUUGGUGGGAACAGCCGUGUGUUUUGCACACUUAAAUGGGAUGAAAGGAGGAAGAAGUUUGAUGCCUUUGAUGUUUCAAGAGAUAGCCACCGUUGUAGUGUUUUCAAGAUGUGCGUUUGGUUGGUUAAAGAAGAUGGUUUUUAUUUUAGCAACGAUGGUUUGCUUUUUCACAAGGAUUUUUCUUGGACGUAAAUGUUUUAUUAAUGUUUCCAACAUGAUAUUGCAUCUGUCUGAUCGAGUAUAAUUUUUGAUAUACAUAGAAUAGUCGUUCUUAAUAGUUUUCGCUUUAGCCUUUGCACAAUUAUUUAGGAGAUAUUUUCUUUAAUUUGUUUUAUAAAUAAAUUCAUAAUGAAGAUUAUUAAAUUUA